AUAUAGCGCCAUCAUAGCGGUGUACGCAUUCCGAGUCUGAUCGCAGCUAUGAAGUCGCUGCUACUGCUGUUCGGGGUUGCUGUUGCUGUUGCCGUCGCCUCGGCCGGUAAGGUACUGGUGAAGCCGGUAGGACCGGGAGAGCGUGGCAACAGCCACCGGCUAUACAUGGACGCCAUUGCCGACAUACUGGCAGACGACGGACACGCCGUCAGCAUGCUCGUGGCCGCCCAACACGCUGACGCCUCCGUAAGCAAGUACAAGUUCAUCACCUACGGCGCCGACGGGGCGGCACCUAACACCGCCGAAUCGCAGUUUUCCGUGCCGCAGACGAGCGGCGGCAACUGCGAGCUGUUACUUAGCAACCGCACGCUGCUCGACGCGCUCGCGGCAGACGACUUCGACGUGGUCGUCGUCGACGGGUUGAGCUUCUGCGAUCUGCUGCUCGUGCGCGCUGUCCAGUCCCCGUUCGUCGUCGUCGGCACGGCGGGCUUUUCGAUGGUCGUCGGCAACGAUUCGCCGAACAUGCUGUCGUUCGUGUCGGCCGGCGCGUUCACGGCGAACACGGACCGCAUGUCGUUCGCGCAGCGUCUGAAUAACGUCGUCGAGUACCUACUGGAGAAUCUCAUGCUGGCGGUUGUCGAAGGCGGCUUCAUGAAGAUCGGCAGGGAUUUAGACGUAGUGCAGCGCGGUGACACUAUCGCCAGCAUCAGGCGCCGGGCGUCCUUGGUGUUCAUUGCCAGCAACUUUGCACUCGACUACCCGAGACCACUUCUACCUAACGUGCAACUUAUAGGUGGGCUACUGGCUCGCCCAGCCGGCGACCUACAG